AUGAGCGCAAACAGCAUCACAGCUCCAGGAAGGCCUCCAUACACAAAGGUUCCCAAUGUCACACCCUCGUCUUCGUCCCUGAACUUGAACUCAAUAUUUGACACCAGCAGCAGGAGCGGUGGUUCUCGUGCAGCCCUGGUUACACCUGCACCGCCGAGACGCCCCCUCUACAAUGGCCGAACCACAAACUCAUCUUCGGCUGCCAGGCACAGGCCAACGCCCGGCACAGCCAGCACGGACCCGCUCUCCAAAUCCAUGGUUGUCGCGCUUGUCGAGGGACGCGGACAGGCCAGAGGCGAGAUCGGCAUGGCAUCGUUCGACAUCAGGAAUCCAGAGUUGGUCUUGGCACAGUUCCCAGACAACAAGAUGUACAACAACACCCUCGUAAAGCUUAAAGUGCUCGAUCCCCACGAGAUUCUCCUUCCCAAGACACUAUUUGAGGCCAACUCAAUGCCCCAGCUCGUAAGCUAUCUGAAGCAGUUCAUGCCAUCCACUACCAUCACCAGACUACCACGCAAGCUCUUUAACGAGAACCUGGGCAUCCAGUACGUCCGGCAGCUUUGUGUUCCCGAGUACAGCUCGGUGGAGACCGAAGUCGUCAAUAAGUACUAUGCCCUGUCUGCCACAGCUGCGCUGGUCCACUACGUGGAGGUGAUGCAAAAUGUCACUUGCACGGGUCACUCCAUCAAGGUCAUCUUUAGCACCGGCGAGGGAGUUGCUCGUAUCGACUCGACCACGAUGCACGACCUGGAGCUGCUGACCAACACUGCGGAUCCCAGGAGCUCGGUGUCGCUUUUUGGCGUCCUGAACCACGCCAAGACGCCCGGCGGCUCACGGCUUCUGCGUGUGAACAUGCUUCAGCCUCCGUGCGACCUAGAGACCAUCGUGCUGCGUCAGAAUGCCGUGCAGCAGAUCCUUGACAGCGAAGAGUGUUUCUACAGUUUUCAGUUCCUACUGGCCAAGUUUGCAGACAUGGAGGCCCUCCUGGCGGCGCUGGUGCAGGUGCCGCGCGUUGAGACCCUGCGCACCAUGGAGGCAGCCGUGCACAACUGCGUCUGCCUCAAGCACAUACUCGAGCACGUCGAGCCACUGCGCAUUGUGCUCAACAAGUGCGAGGACUCCUUACUGGGGUCGUACGCGUCGCAUAUUACAGAUUCCCGGUACAGUGAAAUGCACAAGGGCAUAUGCACAGUGGUAAGGGAAGACGUUGUUUACCAGAAAGGAGUGUGGAACCGUGUCUUGCAGCUCUGCUUCAGCAUAAAGCCUGAAGUCAACGGCCUUCUGGACAUUGCCCGAAGAACGUACGCAGAAGUGCAAGAUGACAUUCACGAGAUGGUCGAGAAGGACUUGGCGCUGGAGUGUGCACUGCCGCUCAAGGUGGCCUUCUCCCAGCUUCGGGGCUUCUACAUCCAGAUGAACUACACGGGCUGCAUUCCCGACCUUCCCGACAAGUUCAUCAAGGUUUCUGUCACCAAGACGACCAUCUCGUUCACCACCGACAGCCUGAUUAAAAUGAAUGAUAGAGCCAGAGAAGCCAUGCACGAAAUCGCUCGUUUAAGCUGGAGCGUCUUGACCUCUGUCCUCCACGACAUUGUCGCAAGCAUCGGCUGCCUCUACAAGCUUGCCGAAGUGGUCUCCAACAUCGACUUCCUUCUUUCACUGGCAGAGGUUUGCACACUCUCCGACUACGUUCGUCCAGAGUUCACCGACACCCUGUGCAUCGUCGAAGGCCGUCACCCCGUCCUGGAAAAAGUGGGCAUGCGCACUUUCAUCCCGAACGACACCUUUGCAAGCUCGCACCACAACUGCAACAUCAUCACUGGUCCGAACAUGAGUGGCAAGUCCACCUACUUGAAGCAGGUGGCUGCGUUACAGGUGAUGGCUCAGCUGGGUUGCUUCGUGCCAGCCAAGUACGCAUCAUUCCGCAUCGCCGACCAGAUCUUCGCGCGCACGGGACACCGCGACGACAUCGAGACCAACUGCUCCACUUUCCUCAUGGAGAUGCGGGAGAUCAACUACAUCCUGCAGAAUUUCACUGACAGCUCACUCAUCAUCAUUGACGAACUUGGGCGAGGUACAAGCGAAGAGGAAGGUUCUGCAAUGUGUGUGGCAAUCACCGAGAAACUUAUCAACUCGGACGCUUUUGUGAUCGUCGCCACUCACUUCGACUUGAUGACGCAGCUGGAAUCCAUGUACCCCAACGUGAUAAACUACCACAUGGAAGUGGAGACGGAGGACGAAGGUGACGACAGGCCCAACGACAGUCCUGAUGGUAGCAGCACCAGACUACGCUACACGCACAGGCUCGCCAGAGGGACAUGCUCCGAGCUUAACUACGGUCUGAAACUGGCUGAAGUGUCACACAUACCUGCUGAUGUCCUGAGGAGAGCGUACGAAGUGUCAAACCUAAUUGCGGAUGGACUCUUUGAAAACGAAAAUAGUCCGCUCUUCUAUAUUGAUGUGGAGAGGAAGCUGCGCAGAGCUGAGGUCGAACUCGCCGGCACGCUGCGAGUCAUCGCACUUCACUCAAAGAUGGAAGGCGAAGAGCUUAGACUCAGACUGCUCGAGGAGCAGGAGAAGGCACGGGGUCUGAUGGACUUGCACCGGUCCCUCACCCAAAUGGACCAAGAAUGACUUGCUACUUUUAAAUGUCAGCCACAUCUACUUCAACUGUUACGCAGCUGCCCCAAUAAAUCUUGUGGUACGCGCUAU